AUUCAACUGCGGAGUCCAAGAACAACAAUUUCGAUAAUAACGAACUAUUCUAAUUCCCUCCAGUUUAUAAAGUCCCAGAAAAAAAGACACCGCGACAAAAUUUAUUCUAAGAAAGGAGCAUCACCGAUCGACAAAAUGGCUCCACCUUCCAAACUCGCCGUCGCAAUCUCCUCCGUCCAACGCCUCGCCAAAGAAGAGAAGAGCUACCACGUCGAACUGGAGCAGCAAGCAGCCCGCAUCGCGAAACUCCAGGCCGCCGAGAGCACGGAUGAAAAUGCAGAUUUCCAACUCCGACAAGAGCGUCAAGCGCUUGAGGAGACGAAGAAGGUUCUACCGUCCGUGCAGGAGCGGUUGAAGGGAGCGGUGGCUCAGCUGAAAGAGCAGCUGGAGGCCAACAGGGCGGACUGCCCGGCGGCUGACGUUGCGAGGGCAGAUGAGUUGUUGAAGAGCAUUGCGUGAGAGGGAAGAACAUGCGUGCGGAUCGACGGGCACGCUUUUCAGUAUAGAAGAUUGCAAAUGAUAUCCAUGAUCCCACUUGAUUAAAAGCCGACAGGUGGUAUCUAUUCAAACC